AUGUCAGUCUACUCGCAUGACGAGGAACAUGACCCUCAAGCAGACGAGCUCCGCGAGACAGCGCUGGUCACGCUUGAGGCCUUGAUUAGCUCGUGCAACCAGCAAAUGCAGCCAUACCUGGCCAACACGACCCAAGCUGCCCUCCGAUUCCUCAAAUACGACCCCAAUGUCGCUGAAAACGAAGACGAUGAAGAAAUGGGUGGGACCCAGGACGACGGGAGCGACGACGAUGCCACCGAGGAGCCUGAUAUGAGCGACGAUGAAUUUGAAGAUUUUGAAGAGGAGGAUGGAUACAGCGACAUUGAUGAUAUGAGUUGGAAGGUCCGCCGUUGUGCUGCCAAGCUUCUUUACUCCCUGAUCUCCACCUAUGGCCACAGUCGUGCCCUGGAUGACGCCGCCUUAUACCAGAAGAUUUCGCCCGCCUUGAUCUCUCGGAUCAGUAAAGAACGGGAGGAGAGUGUGAAGCUGGAGGUUGUGUCAACUCUCACUGCUCUCGUCCGCAAGACCAGUGAGGGCAGUGUGAUCGUCACCUCGAACGGAUUUCUAGAGGCUGUCGGAGGAUCCAAAAACUCCCGCAAGCGCCGUCGUCAGGAUAGCGAUGCCAGUAUGGUCGACUUCGAACCCAGCGUUGGCACAUCCUCUGCAAUCGACUCGCCUUUUGCUCCAUCUUCGCCCAAAUCUGGCCCCCAGGCUGACCUGGCUCGAUCCGUGCCUUUGAUUGUCCAGAGUCUGGUGAAGGUGUGGAAGCAAGCCUCCAUGCCCCUCCGCCAGGCCGUCAUUGUUCUUUUGAAAAGCCUCUCCCUGGUUCGAUACGGCGGACUGGCCGACCACUUGCAACAAAUCGAGGAUCUCAUCGCGGAUGCGCUCAAGACAUCUUCUCUGUCGGGGAGCUCGACUACCCAUGCCGGCGCCGCUGUCAGUGCAGGCACCUUGCAGAUUGAAACCCUGGGCCUUGUCUCGGCCAUUGCCGAAACGCACAUGUCCGACGCUCUCCUUCCUUUCCUCAUAGCUCUGGUCCCCGGUGUGGUGGCAGCCGUCAAUGAACGGAACUACAAGGUCAGCAGCGAGGCACUUGGUGCAGUCGAGCAAAUAGUCAAAGCUCUUACACCUCCUCGCGUGUCUGCCAAUGCUUCUGAUGUGUCUAUGCAGCUAGUGAAACUCUACGACGUCAUCCUGGCUCGCAUUACUGACACCAGUGCCGACUUGGAAGUUCGACAGCGCGCUAUCCAUGUCUUUGGUGUGCUUCUAGCGCGUACGUCUGGUGAUAGAGGCGUUGACUACCUCUCUGGAGACCACCGUUCCAGAGGUCUUGCCGUGUUGGUAGACCGCGCGAAGAAUGAAACUACUCGUCUGGCAGCUGUUCGAGCAAUCGACGACGUGCUUGUCUUGGCUAGUCGCGACGAGGAUAUCGAGGCCAACUGGGUCAACGAUGUGACCCAUGAGCUUGGCUCUAACCUCAGAAAGUCCGAUCGCGCACUGCGGGGCUCAUGUCUCGAGGCUCUUCGAAGUUUGGCUAUGAACCCCUACACCCGAACUCACCUCACUCCUCAAACAAUGACAUCUCUUGAGACCGCCCUCUUGCCUUUGCUCUCGGCACCUGAUUUCCAUCUCCUCACCCCGACAUUAAUUAUCAUCGCCAAACUUGUGCCUGCCGAUUCCAAGUCUCUUGUGAACGAGGCUUUGAUUGUCGCCAUUUGCUCUAUCGUGAAGCAGCCGCUCAUCGGCACUGUUCUGAAAGCUCUUCUUCUCCUUGUUAAGGUCAUUGGAGAGCAAGGUGCGGGCGCACAGCUGAUGCAAAAUCUCCUACAAAAUGUCGGCAUUACGGGUGAUUCUUCCGUCGUAGGAAGGGCAAUUGGUACACUGUUGGUGCACGGCGGGUCUAACCUGGGUGUUACAAUGGAUGAUUUCUCCACCGAGCUUCGCACCGCGGAGGACGAUAGUCGCAAAUGUCUUGCUCUUGCUAUUCUGGGCGAAAUCGGUCUACGCAUGGGUGCCGAAUGCUCCCUUACCCCCGAUCUUUUCAUCGCUCAUUUUGGGUCUUCUUCCGACCAUGUCCGCUUGGCUGCCGCGACAGCGCUCGGAAAUGCCGCGGCCGGCAGUGUCAAGGCAUACAUUCCAAUAAUCCUCAACGGGCUCGACAAAUCCAACGGCCAAAGUUACCUCCUCCUGCAUUCCGUGCGGGAGCUGCUGCAGCACCCCGAAGUUGUUCGUCCCGAUCUUGCUCCAUCCGCACUCAAGCUAUGGCAAGCACUUCUCGUCGUCUCGGAAGAAGAAGAUAACCGUGCCGUUGGCGCCGAGUGCGUUGGCCGACUUGCUCUGAUUGACCCAGCGUCGUACAUCUUCCAUUUCCAGGAGUACAUGAAUAACACCAACCCUGUCAUCCGGGGCGUCGUCAUCUCCGCCUUCCGCUACACGCUUGCCGACUCUAGCACCGCCUACAAUAAUGUGCUGCGCCCGGUCAUAGUACCCCUCCUCACCAGUAUGCUCGGCGAGAAGGAUCUGGGCAACCACCGCCUCGCGUUGACCACACUCAAUUCUGCGAUCCAUAACAAGAUGUCACUGUUGCUACCCCACCUGGGCGAGUUGCUUCCAGCGGUCUUUGGUGAUACCCAGAUCAAGCCGGAGCUCAUUCGCGAGGUGCAGAUGGGACCAUUCAAGCACAAGGUCGACGAUGGUCUCGAUCUACGAAAGAGCGCCUAUGAAACCCUCUACGCAUCAUUGGACACCUCUUUCGCGCGGACCCACAUGGCAGAGCUGUUCGACCGGGUCAUUGCCGGAGUGGAGGAUGAGCAGGAUAUCCGGGCGAUUAGCAACUUGAUGACAGUUCGACUCAUUAAGAUUGCACCGGAGGAGACGCAACGCCGACUAGACGCAUUAUCGGAGCGAUACACGACCGUGCUCUCCUUCAAGCCGAAGGACAACGCUGUCAAGCAGGAGCUGGAGAAGGCGCAAGAGGCGUCUUUGGGAAUCCUCAAGAUCACCAAGGAGCUUAGCAAGGCGUUCCCGGGUGCCGAGGCAUCGAGCGAGCUUCACAAGUGGAGGGGAUAUCUGGAGUGGGUUCGUAAAACCUUUGGGUCGCAGUACCAGACGCUGGAGACGGAAUUUUGA